AUGGCUACAUACUACAGUCCAAGACCGAGCCCCGUCAACUUGAACGCGCCGAAUGACGAAUAUAAUUUGGAGGUUGACACCUCCAAGAUCGUCGUUGAGGGUCCCACGUUCAACAACCUCCCCGAGAGCUGCGACAAGUUUCGCAUCCUGGUCAUUGGUAAAGCCGGCGUUGGAAAGUCGACGAUAUGCUCGGUCGUGUUUGGUGUCCCUCCUGAGAAGACAGGAGUCAGUCACCGUACUGUCGGGACAAAGAGGGAAAAGGUCUGGCAACCUAUUACCUUUCCUGGUGAGAAUGAGAACCUUGUUCUGCACGACUCGGGAGGCUUCGAAGCAGGUGACCUGAAAUGUGUCGACGAGAUCAACAGUUUUAUCAGGUACUGUAUCAGCUGUCGUUCGAAUCGACCGAUUGAGAGUGCCGAAAAGGAAUUCUUCCUCAACGCCGACGUCGGCGACAUACCUGUCGUCGUCGUCUUUACGCAGUUCGAUACCUUGGUCGAUGACCACUUCUGCCAGCUGCGUCGACGCCAGCGUAAUCGUACAAAGGCAGUCGAUAUGGAUCAGCUUGAAAAGGAUGCAAUGAACUUUGCCAUUGCAGACUACGACUCCAACUAUCGCGGCCAGUUUGAGAGGGAGUUUGGACGGCGGUUGCGCGUGGCCAUUAUCCGGCUCAGCAUGCCACAGCCGGAAGACGGUGAGCCAAUGGAGACGUCAGGUGUUGAUUCCUUGGUAAAGGAAACAAGAGGAAUGCUGCUAGCAGACGGUCUCAAACUUCUUUGGACAGCAGCACAGUGCCACUCGGCAGACAUGAAGCUGAAAGAGUCAAUCAAUCUGGGCAUGGACGUCUUUUGGAAAGCGGUUGGUACUUCUUCAAUCCCCUUCAUCCCCUUCGUAGGCGCCACAGCCCUCUACAGCGCCUUUAUCAAGAUCCUGAAAAUCAUCAACACUAUCUGGGGCAUUCCAAGCUGCACGCCCCUCCUCCACGACUCCAAGGUCCGCAACCUCUUCCUUCAAGGAUGUUUUGAUGCUUCAGCAGGAGACAUUCUGACCUCCAAGUUCCUGGUGGCUCUGAAUUUCUUUGGGCCUUUGACAGCUACCCAAACAUCCACCGUUAUUCUCAAGAUGAUUGCUGGCAUAUCUCUACUCUAUGAGAAGCUGUUUUGGUAUAUCAAGAACCACCCUGAGAGGGUUGUAAGCCCUGCUACUAUUGGUCGCAUGGUGAUGGAGUUCAGGAGGAGUCAGGGACAGAGAAACAUGUCUGCCCGUCUAACGUAUCGUAUUAAUAUUACGAACUGCUACGACAAGGCGGCGUGCUUGGCCGAGUUGGAAGAAGCUGUCGAGGCUGGUCGUAGUGUGAUGGGUAAGGAAGGGAUGAGAAGGAAGACUAUCGUUGAUAAAUAA